AUGUCCGAGCCAAAAAUCACACAUUGGGUAGCACUUAAUGAUAAAUCUGGAGAAUUCAAGCGAGGUCAAUCCCAAUUCCGAAAUUUCAUCAAGAAAGGAGGGGAGUUCCCACCAGAGAAAGGAAGAUACCAUCUCUAUGUAUCUUAUGCUUGUCCAUGGGCGCAUCGCACAUUGAUCGUACGCAAACUCAAAGGCCUCGAAGAUAUCAUUCCGUAUACUAGUGUACAUUGGCAUAUGCAAGAAAAAGGAUGGAGAUUUGCUACUGCUGAAGAUGAUGUUCCCGGUGAUAACGUUACUACAUCUCCAGUUGAAGCCCAUAAAGGUUUUACGCAUUUGAGAGAUAUUUACUUUCAGGUUGAUCCGGAAUAUACUGGCAGAUUCACAGUUCCGACUCUUUAUGAUGUGAAGCAGGGGAAGAUUGUUAGUAAUGAGAGUAGUGAGAUUAUUAGGAUGUUUUAUACCGAGUUUGAUGAUAUCAUUGCUCCGGAAUACAAGAAUGUCGAUCUCUUUCCUGCAAAUUUACAGAAAGAGAUUGAAGCUACGAAUGAAUGGACAUAUAAUGAUAUUAACAAUGGUGUCUAUAAAUCCGGUUUCGCUACUAAGCAGGAAGCUUAUGACAAAGCUGUCACUGAACUCUUCACGUCCUUGGAUCGUGUAGAGAAACACUUGAGUGAGAAUGAGGGACCAUACUAUCAUGGAAAGAAAAUUACCGAGGCGGAUAUCAGGUUAUACGUCACUAUCAUCAGAUUCGAUGUCGUCUAUGUGCAGCAUUUCAAGAUCAAUCCUUACAGUAUCGCUCCUUUGGGACCUGAAUCACCUAUCUUGAGGGAGGACGAAGAAGUUCCGGCUGUGAAAUAUGCUUUGAGUUUGAGGAAGUGA